GAAUGGACGCUGGAGGUCAGAAUGGAAGUUCACCGUCUCCCCCUCCUCCACCCAAGUGGCAGGCAUCAUGAAAAUCCAGGUUCAUUACUAUGAAGACGGCAACGUUCAGCUGGUGAGCCACAAGGAGGUCCAGGAGUCCAUGCCCAUUUCUAAUGAGGCGUCAACUGCGAAGGAGUUUGUGAAGAUCAUGGAGGCUGCAGAGAACGAUUACCAGACGGCCAUCAACGAGAACUACCAGACCAUGUCGGACACUACCUUCAAAGCCUUACGCCGCCAGCUUCCUGUGACGCGCACCAAGAUCGACUGGAACAAGAUCCUGAGCUACAAGAUCGGCAAAGAGAUGCAGAACGCUUAAAAACACCCCGCAGAGAACAUAACAGCCCCCUCCCCUCGCCCCCCUACCUCCACCUCCACCUCCACCUCAAACAACGUUGCAUGACUGGAUAGAUGUAUCGUCUUUGUACAGAAAAUUAGAGAAACUGGGACAAAGAGAGGUUUCUGGGUGUCGCAGCCCGACACAACGUUACACAUUGGAUGUUAUUGUUUUUAUACAGACACAUCUGUAUAAUGAAGGAAAUAUCACAAGACAUAGGAAAAAGGGGGCACUUGUAUGCAAAAAAGAUCCUUAUAAAAUAUCACGUGUGCAAUAUUUAUUGUGUCAGUGAGACCUUUUUUUUUUUUUUUGACCUGCGGAGAAAACGAGACAUUUGUUUGAAUUUUACAAAGGAAAUGAGAUAUUUGGCUGUAAACAAAGACUCCCUUCACUUCAUGGUUAAUGUCGAUAAACAAAAAAAGUGUGUUAUUGAAUGGUAUCUUUGGCACAAGCAGUCACAAAAUCAAUGUUUUCUCCCUUAAUUGUGGUACUUCCCCCUCACAGUUUGUCCUAUAAUCCAGAUUGAAGCGCUCCUGGCUCAAAUUUGCCUUUUUUUUUUUUGGUCAGAGUUCAGUGACCAAUUAACAAGCUUAAUUAACACCAGUCGCUAAGUAAUGUGCAUAAUGUCCAAUUUACAAUAAAAUCAGAACGUAUCACAUUCUCCUCCAGUGCUUAUUUUUAUUAAAAAAAGAAAACAGAACCUGACUGUAUUAUAUAACAAGGCACAUUGUAAUAUAUACCUGUAUGAAACAUCCUGUCUGUCAGUUUGGUGAUUUAUUUCCAUGAGAUUAAUUGUAAUUCAGUCACAAUUAUGUUGCAUUAAAUGACACAUUUUCUAUCUGCUGA